AUGUCCAGUGUCGACAGGAAAAGAAAACCGACCGGAGGCCACAGCCCUCCUCACAAAAAGUUCCAGAAAGGCAGCCCCAACCACGGCCCCGACAAAUUUCCUCCCCUCACUUCAUCGUCUGAUAAUGGACUACUUCCACCACUCCCAUCAAUCGACGAGAAAUUCAGAGACGUUGUCUUCACCCACCAAAGCAUGGCAGGUUCCCCUGCCGAAAGUUACGACAGGCUCGAAUUCCUGGGAGACGCCUACCUUCAACUCUUUUCCUCGCGACUAAUUUGGGAUCGGCUUCCAUUCCUUCCCGCUGGACGUAUGUCACAAGUUCGGGAAUCUUUGGUCAAGAACGAAACUCUUGCUCAGUAUUCAGAUCUUUAUGGCCUGACCAAACAAUUAAAGAAUUUCAAACGAUUUCAGAAUGGACCUCCACAGACUUGGCUGAAGAUCAAAGGUGAUCUUUUUGAAGCUUACGUUGCAGCGGUGGUCUUGUCAACACCCGAAGGGUUUGAGCGGGUCAGAAAUUGGCUGCUUCAUUUAUGGGAACCGAAAAUAGAAGCAAUCACGUCUAAACCAGAGGCCUCGUCGAAGAGCAAGGAGGAGCUUGCGAAGAAGGUUUUGGGCAAAGGUGUCAGGCUCAACUACGAGGACGAAAGGGAGCCCAUUAUUCAUUACGGCCAAGGAAGGGAGACGUAUUUUGUUGGGGUUUAUUUGACCGGAUGGGGCUGGGAGAAUCAGUAUCUUGGAAGUGGAAAAGGAUUGAGCAGAAAUGCAGCUGGCCAAGAGGCGGCAGCCGCAGCGUUGGAAAAUCAUCCGCUCAUCGACGAAAUCAUAGCGAAGAAAACGGCCUUCUACGCCGAGGCAAAGAAAAAGGGGGAGCCACAGCCAAACAAACAUUCAAAAGAUUGA